CGGUUUUAAAUUGGUCAAUCUUCAUCUCUACACUAUUACUUUUAACUCAAAGCACAGUGAAAACUAUGUAAUCCCUCAAUCUUUUUUGAGGCUCUUGUGCGAAUUUUACAUUAGACUAGAGGGUUUAUUGAAACAACAUAUUUGUGUGGUUUGAAAAAUUCUAUAAACGUUGUCUUGUUGCUAUGAAGAAUCUAAGAGUACAACAUUCUUGCGAUAAUGACAUUGAGUUAGUUUAAUAAGUAACCGCUACAAGAAAAGAAAAAAGCACGAAAAGGAUUAACUAAUAAAAUGAGUAUAAGAUAUAAUGACGAAGACUUAUCCACACGGCAAACUCUCCUGUGAAACCUAACUUCCCUCUCCAAGAAACCAUUUCUUUGACGAGCUCUCUCUCUUCUUCUUCUUCUUCUUCGUCUUCUUCUUCUUCUCCAAGUCUCUGAGAUGGGUUGUUGUUCAUUGGAUUGCUUUGUCUACUUUGUCCUCUCUAUUGCUUUAGCUUUCAUGGCCGUCUCCACCACUCUACCUCCACCUCCAGAUUCCAACAUCACAAAAACUAACAGACCCAUUACUCAUCAUGAUCCUCUCUCUUUAAACGCUUCAAAAGCUCUACGCCAAUCCAAUUUCAAAGCAAUCGCCACUCUCCUCCACGUAUCUUCUGAGAUCUUCCUUUCUUCUUCUCCCAGCACAACCCUCUUCGCUAUUGACGACUCUUCCUUGUUCAACACGUCAUCUCUUCCUCCUCUGUUUCUGAAGCAGCUUCUUCAGUAUCACACACUCCCUCUAAGGCUUCCGAUGGAGGAACUCCUCAAGAAGCCACAAGGAACCUGUCUCCCUACCCUUCUCCGUCACCAGAGCGUCCAAAUCUCCAGCGUUGACAAAGAAUCAAGAAGAGCAGAAGUGAAUCAUGUCAUGAUCUCACACCCGGACAUGUUUCUUGGAGAUUCAUUGGUAAUUCACGGAGUUCUUGGACCCUUCUCACCUCUGCUACCUCACAUGGAUCAUAUUCCACGGUCAUCUUUGUGUCAAUCUGACUCAAACAAAACCAUUAUCGAAGAAGAAGAAGAAGAAGAAGAAGCUGUGCCGGUUAAGAUAGACUGGACUCGGAUCAUUCAGCUGCUAAGUUCAAACGGGUUUGUGCCAUUUGCAAUCGGAUUGCACUCUGUUCUCAACAGGAUCAUUGCAGAUCAACACAAGAACUUGACCGGAGUAACAAUUCUAGCCACACCAAAUCUGGUCUCACUGUCUUCUGCUUCUCCGCUUCUCUACGAAGUCAUGAGACGUCACAUUCUUGCUCAACGACUUACCAAGAAAGAUCUCGCUUCAAUGCCUGAUAAAGCCUUACUCAAGACACUAGAUCCUUACCAAGAUCUCAUAAUCACUAGGAGAGGUAUAGUUAAUUCGUCACAGUGUUUCAUGAUCUCUGGAGUUGAGAUUGUAGCUCCAGAUAUGUUCUCUUCUAACAACUUUGUAAUCCAUGGGAUAUCACACACACUAGAGCUCCCACGGGCUUAACUCACCAUCUUUUUGUUCCUUCCCUUGUAGAUUUACACAUCCAUGUUGUUUAUAUUUUUGUUUUUAGUAAUUGAUAUAUACACAUUUUUUAGUAAUGAUUAUUGAUCAUAGCUAUGUCACUUUA